CUUGGAAAGGCAGUUGAAGCGCUAUAGUGUUCACAUUUUAGGGGCUGGAAAAAAUUAACCCGGUAUUGUUUUUCUUCAAUUUCUUAACUUCCUAGCUGAAUAAUCGCUGUGUGAUUAUGCUAUAAAUAGUAAAACUGACUAGAUCUGAAGGCACAGCUCACCGUUGUCUUCCAUAACUGCAAUUCAAUCUAUUGAUUGUAAGACUAAAACUCUCUCAGGAGCGAAUGAGAGAUCAGGAAAUCUGAAUAAUUUUUAGACGAUCCCUAAACUUGGCAGCGUGCUUGUCUUGUUUCCUGUAAAUCAGAAGGUGGUUCAAGCUGCCCCAAUUCUCACCCUCUUCAUUACGCUGGAGGAAAGGUCCUGUGCUUGUCCCCUGGAUCGAAGAGGGAAAUCAUGGCCCACCAGUCAGGAACUGCGCUAUGUGGGUACUAACGUGGCGUCUGGCUUUCAUUUUCAUCACAGUCACUACAGCCUUGCACAGCCCUUACAAUGUGAGAAUGGAGCCAGUGAACUCCCGGCACAUCCUUCUGUGGGACUGGGACCAAACACAGGCCAACUGCACCACAACCUUCACCUCAGACUACAACUAUUCCAACAAGGAGAAGACUGAAGAUUACAAAAGAGUGUGCUACAGGACAGCUGGGCGGAGCUGUGACUUCUCCCGCCAAAACCUGUCCUACUCUGGGUCCUUUGUGCUGCGGGUUAGAGCGGAGGCCGAGGGGGAGAUCUCCGCUUGGUCUUCUCGUAAAUUCAGCCCAGACCAACAGGCUCUAGAGCCCCCUUCACACGUGGAGGUGCAGAGUGGAGAAGCCAUGCUAACGGUCAUCAUCACAGAGCACCUGACCGUCUACAACCUGCCCAUGAGUGCCCUUGAGCCCUUGUCCUACAGAGUACAGUACUGGGAGAAGCACAAUCCUCAGAGGAACAGAACCCAGGAACUGGAGGUCACACAGGGAACGCUGACAGCACUGAAGCCUCAGACAGAAUACUGCCUGAGUGUCUGCAUAUUUCACCGGGAAGAAGAGACCAGUAGCCCCUACACCAGCACACAAUGUGUGAAGACUGGGGGCCGGGGUAGACAGUUUCCCUCUUUCUUCCUUCCAACUGGCACUUUUUUGUUAUUCUGCAUCAUGGCUAUGCUUCAGUUUUCAUCACAUGUUCUGUGUUUGUUCCAACCAGACCCCCUUCUUGGCUGGUACAUUCUUCUGAUGAUUGUGAUCUUGUGCUGCGUGAUGCUUGCAACAUGGUUCAUCUUUCACCGCCGUGAGAAGAUCAUGAGCCUCUUCCUUCCCCCUACCCUGCCCAGCAGUUUACAGGAUCCUCUUCCAUCUGCCGUGUGUCACCUGCUGGAGCCACGAGAGGAGAGCUGCACAGCGCUGGUGCAGCCAGCUGUGCAGACACCGGGAGGACUGGAGCUCUGGAGGGCCGAGCAGGCAGCAACCCCACCGCAGUACCGCUCAAAUCAGGACUCCGGGUUCAGCUCUGGAGGGGAGAGCAGUGGAAGCUUCCAGAGGCUCUGUGAAUAACCCUGUUGAACUGCCAGCGCUGUCCGACAACAGUCGCAACGGAUAGCAGACGGUGACCAGAGCAAAAUGAGUAGCACUGGGGGAUUCUCAGGUAUUAGGAGAACUUUGGAGAUCCAGGCUUGGUCCCGGGGCCUGAUCUAGCUUCGGGGAUACCACACUCACGCCGUCACCCAGUGCAAGGAACCUCGGCGUGGUGAUGGACAGCAGACUGUCCCUCUCCGAGAACAUUGUGGCGGUGACGCGGUCAUGCAGGUUCUUCCUAUACAACAUACGGAGAAUCCGCCCCUUUCUCACCCCCUACUCGACCCAGCUCCUGGUCCAACGACUAGUUACCGUGGCUUGUUUUGCUACUGAGGGAAUGGGACCUUGAAAAUGUCUUGAAAAUACUUUUUGUCUUUUUUAAAAUUUGUAUUUUAUUUUAUUUUUUUAGGCCCUCCAUUAAUGAGCCAAUGGAAAUUUACAGAGAAAAAUGCCUGUAAAAAUCCACGGUACAUUGACAUUACGCAUCAAUAUUGGAAGGUGCUGGAGUUGUCUUUUCAUAACAGCUGUUGUAUUGAUGCUUUGAUGUUUAGGUGUGUAUGUAUGUGCCUUGCGUUCUGUGAGAGGGGACCGUGGUCUGCUGGUCCAGAUUCUAACACUCUGUUUAAUUAGUUGAAUCUCCAGGGCUUGGCAUUUGAAAUUGUGUGGAGAUUUGGUCCUUGUCUCAUUUAAUUUUCACAACCAAUUGAUUGAUGGUGAGUGGUCACCUGCCACUCAUCAAUCAUGAAUCAAUUGGUCCUAUCCCAUCCUGUUGUCAUGUUCCAUUCACUUAUUGGAUGGUUGUGUUUUGCCACCCACCCACCCUAUAGCCCUCUGGUCUACUAAGGGCUGGUCAUAACAGAAUCGGGAUGCUUUUAAUUGGUACAAUAGGUAAGAUUUUUUGCGUUGAAACAUUAAGACUAUUGUAAAUCCCUUCCUGAAAAAGGCUCACUGACAUGUUGACUCACCCUCUGUCUGCGUUUAUAAUCCUUAAAUUCGAGUUUCAAAAUAUGCAGUUGACCAAAACAUUAUCUAGCUGUACAAUAAUUCAAGCUCAUUGGUUGAAAAUUGCUUCUAAUUGCCACAGCCACAGGGUUUCACCAUCAGUGCUAACAGUUAUUUUCACCAAAAUUAGGUUCUAAUGUCACCAUGUAAACACCAACUCCAGAUUCGGUCUUGGGAUAUUUGAGUCAUUGCCGAGAUAUCAUUUCUUAUCUUAAGUAACAUCUCAUGGGGUUUUUUUAUCACUUGGUGACAAGUCUUGGUUUUCCGCCCUCCCCUUACCUGGAAGUCGUGUGAAGACAGUCUAGGUAAUCAGUAGCAUUAAUUAAAACAUGGAUGCUUGUGACACCACAUAACAGAGAAAGUCCUGCUUGACUGCGGGUGUUCCCAUCAGCAGUAAUCAUUUAGUCAGAUUUGUAGCCGUACCAAGAACAUUUUUUGUGUUAUUUAAUGAAAAACCUCUAUAAAAACCAGUGUGGUGUGUCAUUACGUGUUGAUUAAAUGAGAUGAAAUGAUUAAAUAAUAUUAAUGAUGCCAUUACUUUGCAGAGCACACAAUAGUUGCAAAGGAUUCUCAUGUGAAAAGUUUGAAUAGCGUUCUUUGUUUAUAAAGGCAGAGGAAAAGGAAAUCAAAGGGAAAAAAAACAAAUGCACCAUGUGCAAUUGCUGUUGCUGUUUAUUGUGCGUGGUCAGUCCAAAACCACUCAGACUCCACAAGUCUAGUACUGUAUUGUCAUACAGUAUUUCUUUAGCACUGUCCAAAAUUUUUCAUUUUGUUUGUUGUAAUAUGUGUUCUCCAGGAUUUAGAAAUCCAGCGAUGGAAAUGUCUGUUAUUAUAAUCGGAUUCUGUUUUUCACAUUAACCACUUGAAAUAUCUUUCAAAGGAAUUAAAUUCUGUUUUUUA